CUGAAGGGGACUUUGUCUGUUGGGGGCGGGUUACAGGGGCUUCUCUCCAGGCCUGAGUCCGAGUGGCCUUCCCUCUCCCGCACCCCGGGGAGCCCGCAGCAUGACCCUGAGAACGGGCAGGGUCAGGCCCUUCCCCUCUGCCCUCCCUCCAGCGGAGCCUGGGGGCUGUCCCGCCUCCGGGCUCAGCCUGGGCCGCGCGCUGGCAGGAGCUGGAAGCCAUCAAAGUGAAGCUGUGGGCCAUGGAGCAGGCCCAGCGACCGAAGGCGCCCGGGGAGCAGGGCCCAGCGGGGGAGGAGGCAGACGCCAGGGCCCUGCUGGCCGGGCAGCUGCUGAGUCCCGAGACAGACAGCCCCACGGAGGCGGCGGAGGCCGAUCACAGAUCCGUCUACGUGGGCAACGAGACCCUGGGAGGCGGAGGCCCCUGCAGAAGGCCCCCCACCAGGGUCCAUGCCUGUCAGGUGGACUACGGGGGCACAGCCCAGGAGCUGGAGGCCUAUUUCAACCACUGCGGGGAGAUCCAGCGGGUCACCAUCCUGUGCGACAAGUUCUCAGGACACCCCAAGGGCUAUGCAUACAUAGAGUUUGCCACCGAGAGCUCGGCCCAGGCCGCUGUGGAGCUGGACAAGAGCGUCUUCCGAGGCCGGGUCCUCAAGGUGCUGCCCAAAAGAACCAACUUACCAGGGAUCAGCUCCACGGACCGCGGGGGCCUUCGGGGACACCCAGGCGCCAGGGGGGGACCCUUCCCCCACAGCAACUUCCAGGGCGGGGCCCGUUUCAGACCACGGGGGCGAAACCGGUGGGCCGGGCCCUGGGAGGGCGGGAUCCUAUUGGAGCGGCGCCCGGUGGGCGGGGCUCUGUUGGGCCUGGCUGGGUCCGGUGGGCGGAGCCCUGGAGGCAGCUCGCCCCUCGGCCUCUCUCCGGGCAGGGGGCGCGGAAGAGUCUCGCCGUGGUAUUCACCGUAUUGAAGGGAGGGCCCGAUUUUGAGAGUGGGGCUGCGGCUGGGUCAGGAGGAGACAGCCGUGCUCCUCGUGGGACCAUUUACUCCGCGGAGAAUAGCCGUCCGUCCCCCUUCCCUCGGCGGGAGGACGGCCCCACGGCCGAAGCCACCGGUCACGAAGCAGGGCGCGGGGUGGGCCUGGCACGCGGGCUAGUCGGGGCUUUGGAGCGCACCGGGCAAAGCUCCGGGCAGGUGAGGCCCAGGCAGCGUUGGGUCAGCUUCGGGUCGGCAUACUCAGGACUGUUCCGCUAACGCCUUUUAUAGAAAAGUAGAAAUGUGUGUCUUACUGGUAAAGCAUAAAUUAUUAAACUUGAAUAUUUUUUAAAAGCACAUGGCAACAGCCCGCCCCGCUUUAUUCGCCUCACCUGGACGCUGUUUCCUCGGUGCACACUGUGCAGAGAAGGCACGGGACGGGAUGCGGCUGUGGACCCCAGACCCAGCUCCACCCCCUUCACUCUUGGCGGCCAAGCGGCUGCUUUGGGGUUUACAGCGUCACCGCCAGCCCCCGCGCCUCACCCUGGGUCUGGUGGCCUCCGGGGCACGCACUCCCCCACGACGAGUGACACAGACGUCGCCUUGUGGGUCCUCACCGGUGAGGCCCUGCAGGAGGGUGCGCCUGGGGCACCUGGCGCAAGCCUGGGCCUCAUCACACAGGGAUGCGGAGGGGCUUCCACGGCGGGCACCCUGCCUGCGCUCCUCUCUGCGGCAGACGCCCCGCUCUCUCCCUCCGUGAGGGUGCAGCGUGCUCUGUGCUCUCUGCCCUCUGACUGCCUUCGGAGCGGGGAAAGGAAGCUCUGGGGCCCAGCUGCAGACACACCCGGCCCUGGCCUUAAAUGACCACUAAGAAGUCUCAGCCUGGGCUUUUCUAAAGCAACCCUCUUUGCCUUGUACUUUUUUGAUUAUCAGGUCCUUAAGCUAUCCGCAGGUGGGCGGUCCCCAGUCCCCUCUCCAGUGCCAGUGAACUGUUUUCUCGGGACGGCGCGCCUGUGCUCUCCAUCCACGUGUCCAUCUGGCCAGGUUCACACUCCCCUUGUGAUCUGGGGUCAGCACUGGCCCUUUUAGUGGGGUGAAUGACAAUCGCCCCCAAAACAUGUCCACAUCCUAAUCUCCAGUACCUGUGGAUGUGAUCUUAUUUGGAAAAGGGGUUUUUGCACGUGAUUCAGCUAACGAUCUGGAGAUCAGAUCUCCCUGGAUCACCUGGGUGGCCCUAAACCCAGUGACACACACUGGCUACGAGACACCCCGACACACGGAGAAGGUGACGUGGAGACGGUGACAGAGGUUGCAGUGAUGCGUCCAUAAGCCAAGGAACCCCAACAGUCGCUGGCAGCCAUCAGAAGCCGAGAGGCUGAAAAGACCCUCCCUCAGAGCCUGCAGAAGGAACCAGCCCUGCCGACACCUUGAUUCCUGGCUCUGGCCUCCAGAAAUGUGAGAGAAUAGAUGUCUGUUUUCAUGUGCGCACGCGCACGCGCGCACACACGCACCACCACCCGCCCCUGGAGAACGUGGGUAGGGGGUGCUGAGUGGCAGGGACCUUGCCAAGGCUGCCGGGUGGCUCAGGGCGGAGCGAGGCCUGCAUCACGUGCAGUUGGGGGCGGCAGGAGAGGGAGGCCUCCCAGAUGUAGUUCCCGGAGCUGAACAUUAUGAAGCACCAGCCCCUGCCACUGAGCACCUUGUGCCAGUCCCCUCCUUGGCGAGCACGUGCAUUGGUCUUGAUGCAUUCGCUGUGCAUUCUGCUUUUGGGUUAGGACCUGCAGACAGGCUUCCAGCCCGAGGAACUGGUCCCUUUUCAGAAGUAUCUUCUUAAUCCCCUCUGUGUGGCCACUGCGAGGAGAGUGGGCCCUUGAGUCCCUCCUUUCCUGUGGAUUUCAGGCCCAAGCAGCCCACGUGGGCGGCCACGGCUCUGACCCACACUUUCUCAGCUGUGCCCAGAGAAAGCCAAGACACGCAGGACCCUCUUGCCCGUCUGGCCCGGGGAAGAAGGGAGGAGAAGGGAUGCUGAUGGGGAGGACAGAACUUCAGCAGCAGCACCUGGAGCGACAGCCAAGGGCUGAGUAGGGGCUGCGUCUGAUGGGGCUCAGCCCCGUGGGGAGGAUGCGCCUGGGGUGGCAGGGGAUGGGCAGGCAGCUGGCCCUCAAUGAGGCUAGCCUCACAGUACAGAGAUGCAGAAAGCUGAGAUGAAACUGCCAUCUGACAGUUCUGUUGGCAAAGCAAAGGCUAGCAGAUUACGUCUGACCCUUGAUUUUCUCAGACUUAAAAUGGGAAUGCCACCUAACAAACAAUGCAUGUGAAAAACCUCAAAUGUAAAACCAUUAUGGGUUGCUCUGGCUCCAUCUACAGAAAAACCCAAAUAGCAGUAGCUUCAACAAGAUAGGGGUUUCAUUUUCUCAUUUAAGAAAAAUGCUGAACAUAAGCAGUCCAGGGCUGGUAAAGCAAAGACCCAGCCUCCUCCUAGCUUUCUGCUCCCCAUCCUUAGGGGAUGAAUCUUGUCUGCAUGCUCUCAAGAUAGCUGCCUGGGCUCCAGCCAUCACAUCUAAGUUCCAGGAAGGAGGAAGGGAAAGAUGAAGGUACUGCCAGCUGAAUCCCCCUUUUAAGUAUCCUUCCUGCAAGUGCCUCCCAACACCAUCCACUUACAUGCCAUAACUACCUACCCUUGUGAGGGCAGGAAGUAUAUUUUGUCUAGCCAAUUGUCCCCAGUAACACUAGGGUUCUGUUAGUAAGCAAGCAAGGGAGAAUGGAUGUUGCCUUGGCAACCUGUAGUCCCUGCCUCAGCCAUUACUCAGGCAGGAGAGUUUACUAAGCUCAACCAGAAAGUUGAGCAUGGACUGUGGGGAGAAAGCCCGUGUGAGGGUGGCCUGCAUCAGACCAACACCUGCUGGUCGCACUUCUCAGCCCUCUUCUAGGUCUUGCAAUUCCACCCGUGGCAGGCGAGGCAGGGUGCGGGGGAGCCCGGGGACGUGUAUCUUUAGCACACACUCUGAGCUGCUGUUUGUUUGUUUGCUUGUUUACUUCUGUAAUCCUGUGCUCGUAGGAAGGGAAGGAAGCCCAAAGACAAGCAGAGCAGAGUGCAUCCCAAUUCCAGCCCUGGGCCUCCCUGUUCCUAGUGGGUCUGAGCCACCUCCUACCUUCCUCCUGGUCAGAGACCCUCUCCAGAGUGACUGAAGGGGCGGGAGGGGCUCGUGGUGUCUUGGGGUGCCUGAUCAAGGAAGCCGGCCACGCUGACACCACACAGAGCAAACUGUGUAGGUGGCUCAGGCCCAGGAGGGCCUCUUUCACUGCAGAGAGGCCGUCACCAAAUGACAAAGUGCACUAGACCCUGGGUCACCUGAUCCCAGAAGGGGCUGUGGCCUCAAUCAUGGUCAGUUAGUUAGAACUGUGAUCAACCUUGACUGAGCAGGCUUCUGGGGAAGCAGAAGGCAGAAAUCUGAUGACAUCAGCCCCGCCUCAAGUGUAAGCGCCCCUUCCACAGCCUGCCCAGGGGCCUGGGGGUCAGCAGGGAAGGGGGCUCAUCUCGCAGCACCCACCUGGCCCUCGGGCCAUCAGGAACCUCAGGGCACUAACAGGCAGAAGCGGACUCUUGGAGUUGGCUCAUUCGAUGCCCAGGAGCAGCUGAUGAAGACGCUGUCGUUACCUGGUCUCGGGAGGGGCCUUCCAGGGCCGGGCAAGACCAGGAGGAGGAAGGAGGUGGCUUCCUUGAUCACACCUCCCCCCGGGGGGAGGCGUGCAGGCCAUCCCACGUGCCCCGCUAAUCCCGCUCUGGGCACAGAAGGCCGACCCCUCCAGAUCAGCCCACCUGCUGAGCCACCGGAGGGGCGGCCGGCCCACGGGUCCUCCGCCCCUCCCUUCGCAGCCUCUUCUGGGCUCCAGGCUCUGAGAGCUCCUGCCCCCCGGCUCCCCUGCCCCUUCGUGUCUAGCGGGGACAACAGCUCCUGCUCUGUCUGGUCCCUGAUCUGCUCUGUCCCUGAAAAGUCCACAUAAACUCUUUCCUUGUUUUUUUUUGGCCGUGCCGUGCGGCAUGCGGGAUCUUAGUUCCCUGACCGGGGACUGAACCUGCGGCCCCUACAGGGGAAGUGCAGAGUCCUAACUACCGGACCGCCAGGCAAGUCCCUAAACUGUCUUUAGUUAAACCUUCUGCUGACGCAGAAGGAAAAAGCCAAACCUGAUCUCACAAGACCUUUAGUCAACAGGCGCCGUGCAAGAGGCCCUGCCCCCAGUGGCACGUCCAUGACACCCAAGAGGAGACAAGUGGAAAUAAAGAUACAUCUGAACAACACAGUUAUGCA